GGAACUCUUUUUUUUUUCCAGUAUUAGAAGAUCUAAAUAUUUUUGAUCAUGAUGGAGAACAGUGCAGGCUUCAAUUCAACAUCUAACAGCACUGCUGUUGGUUCAGAGAAGAUCACUCCUGCUGUAAUUCUGGGUUUGUGCUGUUUGGUUGGUUUACCAAGCAACAUUGUGGUAAUCAUCAGCAUUGCUCGUGAGUGGAGCAAAAAUCUGAGCUUCACCUUAAAACUAAUGCUAUACCUUGCAGUCUCUGAUGCUUUGACUCUUUGCUUGGCUCCUUUUGUGGUUUAUGGAAUACUGUUUGGAUGGAAGUUCGGCCUUUGGUCUUGUAAGUUUCUGUUUUUUUUGGGUCACUGGAGUCUGUAUGUUGCUGUUCUGACGGUCACAUCCAUGAGCGUACACCGCUAUCAUAAUGUCUUCAAGUCAAGAGUCACUAACAGGAUGAUACUCCGGAGACCGGAAAGACAGCAGAGGUGCCUUCAGCUGAUUGGCAUCUGGAUUCUAGCCUUUGCUUUUGCCCUACCAGUAUUUUUUACUCAAGGGCUCAAAGACAAGAAUGGAUUGCUAAGAUGUCAGAGGAUAACGAAGUCACAGUUUGUGGUGACUGUUUUGCUUUUUGAGAUCCUGUUGGGGUUUGUCAUCCCAUUUUUGACAAUGUUGACAUGUUAUUUAUGGUUGGACAAAGGGUUGAGACAAAAAGCCAGGAGCUCCAGUCUAACUAGUUCUCCACAGGAUCAGGAACCCAGAAACCAGGGGACAAAUGUUAAGACUUACAAGAAGAGACUUGUGAUCAGUAUCGUAGUGGCUUUCUUCCUCUUUUGGACUCCUGUGCAUAUUAUCAAUGUGGUUGAUAUAGUCACUACUCUGACUAAAACAUCUCAUCCAGAUGUUCAUUCCCAACUGAAGACUUUCCGCGGAGUAUAUGGUGAUGCAAGCAAGACUUUGGCUUUGCUGAACUGCUGUCUGAAUCCUUUUCUUUAUGCCAUCUCUUCACAGAAUCUUAUGAAAUGUUUCAGAAUGAGAUAA